AUGUUGCGAACGAUCCUGCCUCGACGCUACUCGGCACCAGACCCCAUCGCCCCAGUCAUUUCGAGAACCGCCCAGGACUCGCCACUGCCCCAGAUACUGGACCUCAGCUCCUUCAAGGCUAGGUACACCCAUACAGAGGAGGCAGUAUCAGCGGUGAUCCGUGUCUUUGAGACUCCAGAGCUUCUCUACAUGAUACUGAAGAACCUGACUCCUAGAGAAGUCAUCCGCACCCAGGUGGUGAGCAAGAUCUUUUUCGUCGCUGUGGCCGAGAACUCCAAGAUCGAGAAAAAGCUGUUUCGAAAAGUCGGUCCCAAGGAUGAGCGCGACCAGAUCAUGCCCCAUAACGGAUGGGCCGCACCGGACAAAGAUGCGGUUGUUUGGGAGGAGAUCGAAUCUCCCACCACGCUCGAGUGUGGAGGUUCUGCACCAUGGGACGAGAUCUUGGGUCCGCAAUGGAGACCCGAUCGACCAGUGCCAGACCGCUCCCCAAACCGGCGGUAUUCGUUGACUGCGGGUACUGUCUUCGACUCAUUUGUUAUCGACAUCAACACCUCCUUCGUCGAUCCGUUCUCCGACUUGCCCCCUGAACUGUGGGGCGCUCUUCGUGAGCUGGCGCGCUCUCCCCAUGCGAAGGCUUGCUUUCUCCAUCUUCAGUGUCUGAACGAAGACUUCAGCCACCACAACUGUGUCCAACGUGCCGCCCUCUCGCCCCACGAACUAUACCACGAUCUUCAUGUCUUGGCGGAGCUGGAUCCAGGCACGGCCAACAACUGGUCCGAUGCCAUUGGUGACAUCGCCUUCACAUACCUGCCAUGGAUGGAUGACGUCUACAAGUAUGGCGAUACAGAUUCGAGUUACUGCACCAAAUAUCUCCAUCACAGCAAGUGCUGCUACCCGGCCAACACCGCAGCAGCACUGGUAGGCGACGUCCUUUACCAAUGGAAUCUGACCGACUGGUGA